GCCCCGCCCUCUGGGGUUAUGGGCCCUGCCCCCAGAGGGGCUCUUCAGGGGCCUGGCCCCCACCCUUGCGGCGCGGCCCGUGACACCCCGGGCCGGAAGUUCCGGGCGCUCGCCCGCCGCCGCCUUCGAGAACAUGGCGGACGGCACGACGGCGCGUUGCUAUAGAAACCAAGCUUCCACUUCCCGCUUUGCCUCAGCCGGCGCGCAGAAACGGGCGGGGGGGUGCCGUGCGCAUGCGCGAGAGCAGUCGCUCCUUUAGGGGCUCCCGGCGCAUGCGCACGAACGGCCCGGCGCGGAGCUACGGCCGGAGCCGCGACGAUGUCUCGCUACGGGCGCUAUGGCGGCGAGACCAAGGUGUACGUGGGGAACCUGGGCACUGGGGCCGGGAAGGGAGAACUGGAGCGAGCCUUCAGCUACUAUGGCCCCCUGCGCACUGUGUGGAUCGCGCGGAACCCGCCGGGCUUCGCCUUUGUGGAGUUUGAAGACCCAAGAGAUGCUGAAGACGCAGUUCGAGGUUUGGAUGGAAAGGUGAUUUGUGGCUCCAGAGUGAGAGUUGAGCUGUCAACAGGCAUGCCCCGUCGCUCCCGCUACGAUAGACCUCCUGCGCGGCGACCAUUUGAUCCUAAUGACCGAUGUUAUGAAUGUGGCGAGAAAGGCCAUUAUGCUUAUGACUGUCAUCGCUAUAGUCGUCGACGGAGGAGCAGGUCACGGUCUAGAUCUCAUUCAAGGUCCAGAGGAAGAAGGUAUUCUCGGUCACGCAGCCGAAGCCGUGGUAGGAGGUCCAGGUCAGCUUCCCUUCGCAGAUCCAGAUCUGUCUCUCCUCGUAGAUCUAGAUCAGCCUCACCCCGCAGGUCCCGGUCUGGUUCUUUAAAAAGAUCAAGAUCUAGAUCCAGAUCACGUUCAAGAUCCAGGUCCGUUACAUGGCCAAGAAGCAGGUCUGGGUCCCAUGGUAGAUCUAAAUCUGGCUCACCUGCUAAAAGCCGAUCAAAGUCCAGAUCCCCCUCUCCAAAGAGAAGUCUGAGCCAUUUAUAACCAUUCUCCAUUAACUCGGUCAUUCACCGUCAGGAAGCCCUCGAAGAAGGAGUGCAAGUCCUGUAAGAAUGGACUGAAAUUUCAAAGUUAACCUUCUGGGAAGAACGUUAUUUUGUUUACAUUAUUAUAAGGGAUUUUGUGGUGUCUUUGAUGUAAAUGGUAAGGGCUUAGUUCUAGAAGGGUAUUUCAAUCUGAUUAUUGGCAUGGAUUUUGAUCUUUUAAAUUCUGCAAAGUCACAUCAGUAGACUAGUGCACAACUUGUUUUGUUGUAUGUAUUAACAUCCUGUGAUCUGAAAAUGUGGGGCUCUUUUAUUGACAAGUUUUUUUAUUGAGGCAUUGAAAUAAAAUGUGUAUUUCUAACUAAAACCCUCCUUGUGGUGCCCUACUGCUUAACAAGAAAAAAGGUGGCUACCAUUAGCCUACCCCAAACCAAUCGUAAUCAUCCCAGUUUAUUUUAAGUAGUCUCUAGUUAUGUGAACUUGUUAUUGAUGUUAAAUGGAUGAUGACAAAAUUUUAAACACUGACUAAAAAUGCUUGAUCGCUCAGUUGCCAUAACUUCCUGUAAUACCAUUUACAUGAGCUCUCUAUUCAUUGUAAUCUUUCAGUGUAGAGAGAGUAUGAAUUUCUAAUGUCUAAAGUUUGUUUACAAAAAGUAAAGCCUUUCUUAUCACAAAGCAGAAGGGCACAAGCACAGUAUUUGCACUGCAGGUCACCUUUAAAUAACGGUUCAUGUCCCGAGAGAAAAGGCAGCUGGGUUGCUCUCUCUACAACAACCUAUUUAUGGUCAGUUAGUCUAACCUGAGAAAACCUGAACGAAACUGAGUGAACUUGUGCAGUUGAGAACUGUUCUGCUACACUUUACAAUCAUAAAAGCAGCCUGUAUCGCUGGUAGACAAAACCUGUUUAGACAUUGGUAAGAUAAACUCUAUAGCGCACACAGGAAAAAUGUGGUUGAAGAGCUUAAAAUGAAUCUUAUGUGAAACUCCUGAAAGCCUUGUUGGUCUGUAGGCAGGAGUUGCAUGGGGAUACGGCAUUUCACGUUGAAACUGAGACUGGCUGUCCAGAUAGGUCUUUCCUGAUUGGCAAAAAUAGGGUUAGACUGCCAGCAUCCUUCUUAAUAGAUAUUAAAAAUCUCCAGGUUAUAUUUUUAUUCUGGACUACUUUAUGUAAUGUCGCUAGAUGUCAGUUUCAACAUUUAAGAAGAACUGUUAGGGUUUUCUAAACAUCCACUGAAUUGGAAAGAGCAGACUUGUUUGGGCUCCUAACGAAAUGGCUAAUGGCAGAUUAAAAGAAGUUAUUAAUGUAGUACCUUAAAUAGCAAAAUGACCUUUUGGACCAAAAGACAAAUUUUGGGUAACCCAUAAUUUUCAGAUAACAGACUUCUCAUUUAAUGUUAGACUCCACUUAUGUCUGGUAGAUGUUAAAACCCCUAAGUACUCCCUACACUCUGAAGAUAUUCCACUUGGCAGCUUUAUUUCUGAAGUGUACUAGCCACUUUCCUAGCUUUUAUGCCUAGUCUUGAUUUUUCUGGUGUCUAAUUUCCAUACAUUCAGUGCAUUGUUGCUUAGCAACAGAAGUAUCACUCCCAAUCCUAAUUAUGCUGUGAUUAAUAUUCUGCUAAUAUCCAUAAAACCAGACUGCAAAAUGAGGAGCAGGAAAUGACAACAUUCUCCUAGAAUAAUUUAGCAAAUAUACCCAGAAGCCAUUGCUUAGGAUGACAUUCAUCAGUAUAGACUGUCCGUUGUCUGGCAGUUUUACAGUAUAACUAGUAAAAGUGCCACAUGGAAUGAUGCUAUUGCAUUUAAUGAGCGCUUUCUCUUCUGUACUGUUAAGACAAACCUACUCCACAAUAAACACGCAGACUCUAAAAUUA